AUGCUGGAUGCUGGCCACUGCCAGGGCCAGAGGGCUUCUGCAAGCUCAGACCCCCAUUGGCACUCCUGCCCUGGUCCUUCAUUGGGCCUGGGGAGCCACCGGACCCCUCCGGGCCUGUUUCCUGCUCAGCACAGUGAGGGUGACUCUGGAGGCCCUCUGGUCUGCCUGCUCCGGGACCAGCGCUGGGCACAGGUGGCAGUGGUGAGCUUCAGUGGGGUCUGCGCUGAGCCCAGCCACCUGGGCGUGUGCACCAAUGUCUCCACCUGCCAGCCCUGGAUCCGCACUUCGGCCUCCUGCCAAGACACCUGCGUGGGGGCUGACCCCUCCCCGGGGCAUGGCCUGCCCUUCUCCCGUCAUCUCCUCCGAGCUGCCCAUUUCUGUGGGGCCCUUCUCUGCUCUGCCUCCCUGUCCCGCCUGUCCCCGCCUGUCCCACUCUCCACACUGACCCCCAUGUGACCAGGAUGGAAGACAGCCGGGGCAUGCAGCCGGCUUGACUUGUUCAAGGCAAAGAGCUGGGUCAGGAGGGAAGCUCAAGGUUGCUGGGCCCU